GAUUGUUCUAACCACCAUCAUCGGGUCCGUGCAUAUUAACAUGCUAUGACCUUAUUAUCAAUUUAACACCACAGACUUAAGAGAGUCGAUGAUAUAGUCUGUUAGCACCUACGCUCUAAAAUGAAUGUCGAACGUCGGUUUGGCACACGGACUACCAAGGAGAAUAUUUUGCCGAAUGAUUCGGUUACCACUCAACCCCACGGACUAGGGACGAACAUGAAAAACAAAGUGAACCUCUCUCAAACACCUCAGUCCAGUCAAUCGGUCGAAAACGAACCAGCCGAUGAAACCAUCUUCCGGUCCCCAUUGAUUACAAUCCUGGCAUCUCUAGACUAUUCUCGCCCCGUGUCACAACGCAUCUCAUGCCAUGACCUUGUUGACGCUUACUCUACCAUCACUCUUGGAUUGAAGACAAAUAUCGUCAACGACUCGAGCCUCGAUCCGAAUAGUCUCGGACUCCCUAUGAAGCCACAGGCUUCUGAGUUUGUUUGUGCAGUCAGGAGGGACUCUAAGAGUGUACUCUAUGGACCAAGUUCAGACGAACAAACCGAGAGUGUCCCAGUAAGCGAGAACGAAGUACAGACAGCAUGGAAUACCGCCACAUUGAGCAAUCAUGCGCUACGACUGGUAUCGGUGAUAUUCGGCUUCCCGCACCUUCAAAGCUUCUUCACAGUCAAACACCUUACUUCCCUCCUUGACGAUGUCCUGACUAUAUUGCUCACUCAAUCUCUACCAACGCCAAAUGCAUCUCGGACUCAUGGUUUACUUCUGUGGAUUCUUCAAGUCCAGAAGCUGAAUACAUCCAUCAUUAUUACUCGCCAAGAGAAGAUUCUGCAGGUCACAGACCUUGCUCUGCGAGGCGUUUACCAAGGAAAUCACUCGGUCAUCGAUGGCCUUAAGAUAAUGGCCAGGUUUCUGCACAAAUCACAGAAGGAAAUCCAGCAUUACUUCUGCCACCAUUUCGACAAAAUCCUACCGUUCCUCGUCUCCGCGUCUCCUGCCCAACGUUUCUAUGCAACCAGCGUUCUCAGUGCUUUUGCCUAUGCAAAAAUAAACAAGAACAUCGAACCAGAACAUUACUUUCCGCUCCGCGACAGGCUCCACUCCUUCCUCCGCAUUCAAUCGGGUACAGAAGCAAAUCCUGAGCCUCGGUUGACAGAUUUCCUCCAGCAGGCUUUGGUGCCAGGGAGAUCUCGUUUUGAAGGGGCCCAGUGGGCAGUUGUCACCAUUGCUUCCAUCAUCGUAUUGUUGGACGGUUCAACUUUCAACAGCGGUUGGGCAGCAACAACCAUAAAAAUGUUCGGAUUGAUCCACAAAAUAUCUACCAUCGAUGCAAUGAUACCUCUUAUCUGGAACUGUUUGAUAUGGUCAUUUUCCAGACUUCCGUCGAACCAGAAGAGUAGAUAUAACGCGUUUGACGUCUUCGGUCAGGAGGUCCGAAGAGGCAAUGGAAAUGCUCUCGUCGCUACCCUACUACGCUGCAUGUCGCUCAGUGAUACACCCGAUCCCGAUUGCGUUCUGUCGGACGCUCUACUCGUCGUUGAUGCUAUGGCCGGCCAUCAGGAUACAGACACUCGAAGGCAAGGGCUGGAACUCCUUUACAAGUUAUCAAGCGGAGGAGAUUCGGCGAACCCCCCUGGCGAGGACCUUACUUUCCUUCUUAACCCAAUUCUCUUUGACGGUACGGUUCUGAACACGAAAUCUGGACUAGAAGCGAUUGUUCGAAAAAUAAAACCCGUGGAGGCCACGUUAGCACGGUGCUUGACAGAGAUGGAGGUCCAACAACAUUGGGAUAGCUUGCUGGGUAUAUGGAGCAAGUCAUUGUUGGCCGCACUGGAAGUCCCAGAGCCAGAUAUCCAAGGAAUUUUCUUUGACAUUUGGCAAUUUCUGCUGCUUGUUCCCACACAGCUCACACCACAGCAAUGCCAUCUCACUGCCUCGACUGCGUUCGUAAACGAAGCUUCAGAUAUGGUUUUACGCUUCAUAAAUCACGGACUCGUUUCAAGAGCUGAGAAGCAACAGCUCUUCGUCGUUCAGCGUUUAUGGGACACAUUACACCGUGUUUUCACACCUCAAGACCUGAUCCAGCCCUCCAAAGCACUUCUGAAGGCCGUUAUCAGACGCAACUUUAGCAUCGAGAAUGGUGCUACGUUAUCUCAGUGGAUAAUACUCUGUCACGCGUUGUCGUCUAAUCGGUCAGCAGAACUCCGGAUAGAUUUCAGUGAAAGCUGGGUGAUCAUUGCGCAAAUUGUGCUACAGAACAACUACUGUCCAGACCGUCUGAUUGCCUUCCUCAGGCUUCCUUUGACGCUUUCGUUCGCGAACGAAGAUUACGUGCAGUCGUUUGGCGAUCUUCUCCGUAGUUCUGACGAAGUCUCCCGAGCGUUCCAGGGAAUCACGACCUCCGUUACGGCUUUUUGGGGUCACUUGUGGCCAGAAAGAUGCUACUCACCGUCAUCCUACCCUCAUUUGGUUCAUUGCAUCUUUCAAUCCAUCGACAGAUACGCAACCCCUAUUUCGCUCGAAGACCGACAAUUACUUAACUCAAUUCUUUCCGAACUGCAUCCCGCUCACCUUUCUGCAGACGCCUGCGUCUUACCUCUGAAAUAUGUCGCAUUAGCAGGCCAUAUAGUGUCAGCAACACCUGACGAACACCUACUUACUACGUUAUCUUUCUUAUCAGACUUUCUGACCACUUGGAUUCAGGACAAGUCUAGAGUCGUCGCUGACGAUGAAUACAAUCGAGCUAUCGUUCCGGUCUACUGCACAAUCGUACAAAGACUAUCCACCUUUGAAGCAUCGACCACCAUCAUGAAAGAUCUCGAUUCGUUAUUGAUUUCACCCCUCGAGCGAUGCCCGCACCCUGGUCGAGCCACGCAAGCAUUCAUAAAGUUCUGGAGAGAAACUUACCAUCAUCGUACACCGGAGUUCUAUCCUCAUUAUUCCGAAGACCUUAAGGAGGCUCUGAAAUGUUUAGACAUCGUAUUUCGCGUUGGUUUCACUCAGGCGUUUUCUCUCUCAACUGACUCUCAAAUCGAGGACGAAUCGUUCAUUGUCCCCGAAACAAUACCCACGCCAUCUCCCCAGCGUCCUUCGACCACAGCGAGACCACAACUACCACCGAUUACUACCUCAUCGUCGCCUAGCCAUCGCAAUCACCAAUCCAUUAACAUAUCCAGUGUAAAUGCUGAGAUAUCUACGGACUCGAGAAAGCGCAAGGCAGAAAGUCAAACUUCCGGCCAGACAACUAGAACUAGGAAACGCAAAGCGAUGGUCAUGGAAUGCGUACAGCUUUCCCACAGGAAUCGUACCGUGACGCAAGGGACGAAACGGAGCUGUGAGAGCCAAUUAAUGACUCCAGAACCUUCGAGAUAUAGUUCUGAAUCUCCAUUCCGAAAUCGACUGAUUGUGGAACCCGACACAGAACCUGACAAUGAUGGACACGAACUCAAUGUUGACAACUAUGACUGGGAUAGAGGGAACGUGUCUAUUAGCGAUGUAAAGGAGGCACUUGGGGAUGGUAUGACCCAGGUUCCUAAACAGUAUCCGCACGGUAGGCUUGAAGCAGCCUCCCCAACCUCGGUCUCACGACCGAACAAACGACGCCGACAAGAGGAUUUUCAAUCCGACACAGUGAUUUCGACGACGUUAAUUCGUCCAGAACCCAUCGGUAGGGCAAGGACUGUACCGACAGGCAGCAUCUUCGUUUCGGAGUUGCAACGUCUCCAUCAAUCCUUCAAUGAUACGAUGUCCGUGCAGGACCUGCUGCAAGCGCAGCGGCUGAUUCAUAGCUUCGGAACGAGCAUUAGCCAGGCUUUGGAGAAACAGAUUGGUGGUAAUGCCACGGACGCACAAGAUUAAAAAAGUUAAUAACUUAUUCUGCUAUUUAUGUCUUUCUAUGUAUGCUAUCCGAGUCCAUCCAUGUUAACCGAGAUGUAGCUUUUACUGAGCGGUUACAGUAGUCAAACAUCGUCGACCUUUCUUUUACC